UCUGUAACGAAAACCCAGUUCCAGAAAUCUUCCCAAAACCUAACAACCUCUCCCACAUUGUUCGUGUCUCCUUUCUUCUCCUCUCAAACAUCACACAGUCGUGGCAUUAUUGAUCUUCAUUCUUUCAAACACCUCAAACAUUUUCAUUUUUCAAUAUGAAUUUAACAUAGUAUUGAACAUUAAUGCGAACAAUUAGCUGUGAUUGAUUCAAAUUGAAUCAUCCAACUUUCUUUGUCUUCUAAAUGCGUUCUCUGAUGGAUUUAAGAAGAAUCUCUACUAUCAAACCCACUUUCUUCUUCUCAUCAUUCCGCCGCCCACUUCGCUCAGUUUCUCCGCCACCUCCGCCGUUUGAACCACCGCAAGAUCAACCCCACAAGGUCGAUGAUAGUUAUGUGAAGUGGGUUUCCUCUGUUUUGUCAAACCCAUCUCUGGAUUCGUCUAAAUGUAAAGAAAUUCUAACCAUUUUAUCCCCUUCGCAAUUUGAUCGUGUUUUUUCUCAAGUUAAGUCGUCGUUGGUUAAUCCGAAAACUGUGUUGCAAUUCUUUUAUUUUGCGAUUGAUUCCUUUAGGUAUUCUUUUAGUGUUAAAUCGUAUUGUGAGUUGAUUCGUUUGCUUGUUGGGUCCAAUUUUAGCGAGUCUGCUAGGUUAUUGUUGAUCCGUUUGAUUGAUGGAAAAAUUCACACUGUUUUUGAGCAGAAGUUUAGUGAUAGACACAUUGAGAUUGCUAAUGCAUUGGUUGAUUUGAAUGUUGGGUUGGAGAAGUCGGUUGGAAAUCGAACAUUUGAUUUGUUGCUUCAUGUUUAUUGCACCCAGAUUAAGAAUGCCGGUUAUGGUUUGGCUUUCGAGGUGUUGAAGGUGAUGGCGGAAAGGGGAGCUUUUCCAUCGUUGAGGACAUGUAAUUUCCUUUUGAGCUCUCUGGUUAAAGCAGGUGAGCUUCAAAGGAGUUAUGAGGCGUUUGAAAUCAUGGGAAGAGGAGUUGUGCCGGAUGUUUAUUUGUUUAGCACAGCAAUCAAUUCCUGUUUCAAAGGUGGGAAGGUUAAGGAAGGAAUUGAGUUGUUUAUGGAGAUGGAGAAGUUGGGCAUUUCACCUAAUGUAGCAACUUAUAACAAUGUUAUUCAUGGACUUUGCAGGUGUGGUGGUUUAGAUGAGGCAUUUCGAUUCAAAGAGAGGAUGAUAAGGAAUGAUACAAUGCCUAAUGUUGUAACCUAUGGAGCUCUUAUUAAUGGUUUGGUUAAGUUUGAGAAGUUUGAUGAAGCAAAUCUUUUACUACAAGAAAUGUCAGAGAAGGGUUUAGUUGCAAAUGAGAUUGUUUAUAAUUCAUUGAUUGAUGGGUAUUGUAGAGUAGGAAAAGUUGAGGAGGCAUUGCGAAUAAAAGGUUCUAUGUUGUCAAGGGGAAUUAGUCCGAAUUCAUCCACGUUUCAUUCACUUCUCCGUGGCUUUUGCCAGUGUAAUAUGGCAGAGCAGGCUCAAUCUCUAUUGGAGGAGAUGCUUUCUAGAGGUUUACCUGUAAAUAUAGGGGCCUUUAAUUCUGUCAUUCGCAAUAUUAGUAUGAACGGCACUUUGGAUUCUGUCAUGUCCAUUGUUGAGAUGAUGCUAUCUAGAAAUUUAAGGCCUAAUAAUGGCUUGCUCACCACAAUUAUGGUUAGGAAUUGUAAAGAGGGUAAACAUACACAGGCUGUUGAAUUUUGGUUUAGACUUGUGGAAAAAGGGUUUACACCAAAUAUAGUGACUUCAAAUGCUUUAAUUCACGGACUUUGUGAAGCAGGUAUCAUGCAUGAAUCUGCUAGGAUUCUCAAGGAGAUGCUAAAAAGAGGUUUUGAAUUGGAUAGGAUCACAUACAAUACCCUUAUCUCAGGCUGCUGUAAAAAUGACAAAUUGGAGGAAGCUUUUAGUAUGAGAAAUGAGAUGGAAAGGCGUGGUAUUCAACCAGACGUUCUUACGUACAACACUCUACUGCAUGGACUGUGUAAUGCCAAUAAGAUGGAUGAAGCCAUGAAAUUCUGGGAGGAGUUCAAGAUUAGUGGAAUGGUUUCAAAUGUUUAUACUUAUGCAGUUAUGAUCAAUGGGUAUGGCAAGGGUGGAAAGAUUGAAGAGGCAGUUAAUCUUUUCAAUGAGUUGCUUGCUCAGAAAUUGGAGCUAAACUCAGUUGUUUAUAAUCCACUUAUUUCAGCAUAUUGUAGAGCAAACAAUGUGAUGAAGGCUUUUCAACUUCUUGAUGACAUGAAAGGCAAAGGCAUUAAACCAACUCAUAACACAUAUUCCUGUCUUAUAGAUGGACUGGCCAACACUGGUAGUGUUGAGCAAGCUAGGAGUCUUCUUGAAGAAAUGAGCAAGGACGGUCUGACUCCUGAAGUUGUCUGUUAUACUGCCUUGAUGGGUGGUUGCUGUAAGCUUGGUCAGAUGGAUAAGGCAGAGGCUAUCUUGCAAGAGAUGUGCUCGAAUGGCAUACUUCCGAAUAAAAUCACGUAUACAAUCAUCAUUGAUGGCUUUUCUAAAAUGGGUGAUACUGAAAAGGCAGCUAAGCUUUUGGAGAAAAUGGUUCAGGAUGGAAUUAUUCCUGAUAAUGUCACGUAUAAUGCUAUUGCUAGUGGUUUGUGCAAGGAAGGGAGGUUGGAAGAAGCAUUUGGAGUUACUGAUAGUAUGGUGCAACAAGGAAUUCCUUUGAAUGAUGUAACAUUUACAACCUUGAUCCAUGGGUUGCCGCAACCAAUGGCACUUACAGACCAAGAAUGAUCAAGAAGAAUCCUGAUAUUUUUAAAUGGUAGAUUGCUUAUUGGCCAUAGUGUGUUCCUGUUUGAGCCAGGGAUUUUAAUCUCAGCCGUGUCACUGACUCACCGUGGUAUUGAAACGAAUGUUGAGUUUGCCGUGACGUUGGUUUUAGGCUGGGAUAAUUGCAAACCAUCCACAUCACCUUGAAAGUGGUUCUCUGGUUUGAGCUUGGCUAUGGUGAAGGCUGGAAGCUUUAUGAACUUCGCUAAGGUCAUCUCAAUCUAUGUAGCACCGAUGCAAACUUCAACAAAUCUACUUUUGCUUAGUUGGUGCAAGGAACUGCCUAGUUUCUCGAAAUGAUCAUAUAUUGAUAUCUUGACUCUUUACAUAUUUCAGAGUACAUUUGAAAUAAAAGCAACUUAUUUCAAUGACAUCGGGAUGCAGAUGGGUAGAUAGAGACUACAUACUGUGCUAUCUGGAACGUUUAUGGUCCCUCGUGAUAAUUAUGCGGGGGUGUAGUUCAGACAGGAAGAGAAGGUUGGAUCUGGCCCCAGCUAAUCCGUGUAGUGCUGUUGCCUCAAGACUUUCCUAAUUAUGGCAGGGAUUACUAUCAGUUGAAAAUUGAAGUCCCAGUUUUCUAUAAAAAGAAAAGGGAAAUUAUGAGUCCUGGUUUUGCUCUGCAAUGAACUGAAAGCUCGUUGAAAACUUGAGGCCCUCAUGCUUGUUAUCUUGCGAUCGGGAAAGCUCUGAAAUUGCAUAGAAUCAAGAGCAGAGAAGGAAGGGGCCUUUUUUUCAUUGCAAAUAAAUUGGGUCAUUGUUCUACAAGUAGAAGAUGAAGAGGUUAAUAAAAUCCCAAAAUGUGGAAAAAAUCAUGUUCAUGUUGUUUCAUAUUUGUAAUAAUUAGUUAUUGAAACUAACAUUUUCCAUAAAGAAGUAUUGAAAUAAGCAUCAAUGAAGAGAGCUACCUAUUCUUGUGUAUUUGCAUUCUUUCUACCAUUUCUUAAUGGACCUUAAUCACCUUAUCUAACAAAUUAACGAAGA